GACUCGGGGUACUGGUACUUUGGUGAGCAAGGCCGAAGCCUCGGGCCACAUCGCAAACCCUGCCCUGAGGGGCGGGGCCUGUAGGUUCCGCCUUCCACCGCGGCUCCGCCUAUAGCCGGGGCCCGUCGCUCGGGGAGCGCGGGACUCGGCCUUCCUCAACCAAUGGGAAGACGAGAAUUCGUCGUGUUGAGCGUGGCUGGAAAGAUUGGCAGGCGAGGCCCCGCCUCGGCGCCUCUGUCCCGGAUGAAGUGUGCUGGAAGGGGCGCCCGGGCCCCAGACUCAAUCGCUGUCAUGGCUGCACGGUCUGUCACUCUCGGCAUCGACCUGGGCACCACGUCUGUGAAGGCGGCCCUGGUGGAGGCCGCGCGCGGCGACCCUUCCGGGUUCGUGGUACUGGCGAGCUGUGCCCGGCCUGCGCGGGCCGAGACUGCGGCCCAGAGCGCGGCGGCGGGGCCCCAGGGGCAAGAGCAGGAUGUGAGGAGAAUCAUCCAGGCCCUCCACGAGUGCCUUGCUGCCCUUCCCCGGCAGCAGCUCUGCAAGGUCUGUGGCAUCGGAGUGUCAGGACAGAUGCACGGAGUCAUGUUCUGGAAAACAGGCCAAGGUUGUGAAUGGACAGAGGCAGGGGCUGCCCCCGUGUUUGAGCCCAGAGCCGUGAGCCACCUGGUAACGUGGCAGGAUGGCCGGUGUGGCAGCAAGUUCCUGGCUUCUCUGCCCCGGCCAGAGUCUCAUCUCAGUGUGGCCACGGGGUUUGGCUGCGCAACCAUCUUCUGGCUUUUGAAAAAUAGCCCAGAGUUCCUGAAGUCCUACGAUGCAGCUGGCACUAUUCACGACUAUGUGGUUGCCAUGCUGUGUGGCUUGACAAGACCCCUGAUGUCCGACCAGAAUGCCGCUAGCUGGGGAUAUUUCAACACCAGGAGCCAAAGCUGGAACUUGGAGAUACUGAGGGACGCAGGCUUUCCCGUCCACCUACUCCCGGACGUCACCGAGCCUGGCAACGUGGCAGGCAGAACUUCCCAGGCCUGGUUUGAGAUCCCAAAGGGGACGCAGGUGGGCGUGGCCUUGGGGGAUUUGCAGGCCUCUGUCUAUUCCUGUAUGGCCCAAAGGACAGACGCAGUUCUCAACAUCAGCACCUCGGUGCAGCUGGUAGCCUCCAUGCCUUCAGGAUUCCAGCCAGUGCAGACUCCAGACCCUGCAGCUCCAGUCGCCUACUUCCCGUACUUUGACAGGACCUACCUGGCGGUGGCAGCAUCCCUCAAUGGGGGCAACGUGCUGGCCAUGUUCGUCCACAUGCUGGUCCAGUGGAUGGCGGAUCUAGGCCUGGAGGCUGAAGAAUCCACUGUGUACUCACGCAUGAUCCAGGCUGCUGCACAGCAGAAAGACACCUGCCUAACCAUCACUCCAACAGUGCUGGGUGAGAGGCACCUGCCAGACCAGCUGGCCUCAGUGACCAGAAUCUCCUCCUCUGACCUCUCCUUGGGGCACGUGACCCGGGCCCUGUGCAGAGGCAUCGUUCAGAACCUGCACUCAAUGCUUCCUUUUCAGCAGCUCCAAGAGUGGGGCGUGGAGCGGGUGAUCGGCAGUGGGAGUGCGCUGUCCAGGAACGAGGUGCUGAAGCAGGAGGUGCAGAGGGCUUUCCCCUUUCCAGUGUCCUAUGGGCAGGAUGUGGAUGCAGCUGUAGGGGCCGCUCUGGUGAUGCUCCAGAGAAACCUUAACCAGCAGGAGUAUUAGCACACUCAUUGGCCAAAGGACUGUUGCAAAGUUUAUCUAAUUAAUGUUCCUCUCCUUAUCUUGGGAUCAUGCUUUUCCUGGACAGUUCUGUGGGCAGUUUUAAGCAAUGCUUAUUCUCAGGCCAUCAUUUUGACCAAGAACCAAUCUUCAGGGCACACUCUAAUAAUGCAGCCAGGAGUCAUCAACCAGAUCCCAAAUCAGUGCCUUCUGAAAGAGACUCACCUGAGAGCUGGUUGCAAAUGUAAAUGUGGGAGAGACAGAGAGAAAGGGAAAGAUGGGUCACAUGUACUGUUGGAAGAGUCUUCCCUACUGGAUUGUGCCACGUGACCCUGAGGCCCCUUUCCCAAUCUUGUUCUUCUCUGGCCACAGCCAACUAGCUGGGGCAGAAGGUGACCCAAGGACA